CAAAUCUUUCGAGAAUCUUUGCCAUAAGGUGCCAUGUUGAACAUCCAACAGUAAGUAUGAAACAAUUGUUCUCAAAGCACCAAUUUAUUUGCUAAUUUGUAUGGUCAUGUCAAGCAGACAAAAACUUUAACAGAAAUCUACAAAGUAAAGUGUGGGCUGUUGCUAGUUUCAUAUCCAUGUUGCUUGAAGCUGUUGUUUUAAACAAUCAGAUUGCGACUGGUUUAUUUUCCUUGAUUGUCUAACCAAUCAAGAGAAGCAAACCAAACCGAAUCUGCGGUUAUUGUAUCGCGCUGCUCAUAUCGCUUUAAGAAGCUCCGCAUCGUUACGUCAAUAUGCUUUUUGCAGCGUCAGUGCGCGGCGCUCGCGCCCCGAGCAGCGUCAUUCAUCCACCUUCAUCAGCAGCAGGGAAAAGGACGCUGCAGGAUUUUACCGCUCCAGGUCAACGACAUAUAAAAAAAAACAGCAACAACAAGAAGUUGACCCCAGUGUGCUGUAAUGGAGGAGACACCGCGUGCAGAAGAAACACCACGGAACAUUGUGUACUGAGGCAGAUGGUGAAAGAUUCCACGCCUAUGUCUCACUCAGCUAACAGAAGACCGUCUGCUGGAACUCGCAGACGGCCUGCUAGUACAGCCAGUAGCCGACAGCCUCACACAAAUGCAGAUUCCUCCAUCAGCUGCACCUGCUCAGCAUCAUCCUGCAAAGGUGCAGAAAUCAGUAGCAAAUCACGAUCACACCCAGCUACACCUCGACGGCAGGCGAAGUACGGCGGCUGUAGUGAGAAUCACGGGAUCCGUCCUCCUGCUCCCGAGCAGUAUCUCACCCCACUGCAGCAGAAGGAGGUGUGUAUCCGUCACUUGCGUGCCCGGCUGAAGGAGAAUGUGGAGAGAUUGCAGGACAGGGACUCAGAGGUUGGGGAGUUGCGUAUGCAGUUGUCACGCAUGCAGGAGGACUGGAUCGAGGAGGAGUGUCACCGCAUUGAGGCCCAGCUGGCACUAAAAGAAGCUAGAAAAGAGAUCCAGCAGCUCCAGCAAGCUGUGGAAUCUGUCCGAUCUAACCUGGGCCACCAUGACUCGGACCAGCAGACCAGUAAGACAGACGGGGCGAGAGGAGUCAGAGUGGAGCCACGACUUGGAGCCUCGAGGUCAUGUGGCUGCUCUCCAGCUCAUACCAUCGGUCGCAGUGCCACUUUCGGUAGGUUGAGUAGUGAGACACUGCCUGGAAUCGACCGCAAUGGGAACGUUACCUCCGAGCAGCGCGUUCACCACAUUCCUGCCAACAGAGGCGCUGCAACUUUACCAAGAGGUGAUGGACGUCCUCGUCUUAUCCUGGAGGCUUCCCUACUAUCUGAUCAGGCCCCACCUACGAUGAUGUGCUCUAACCUUUCGCGCUCAUCCACCUAUGAGAAACUGUGUAGUGGCGAGACAGUCGUACCUGUAGGGCGGCGCUGCUGCAUUUCCAACAACAACAACUGCAGCUGUGCAGUGCAUGCCUGCCUGCCUCAUCACCAUCUUUUUUUGCAUCUUCCUCAGCAGGAAGCUCCGCCUCCCUCGUCUCUUACCCCACCACCAGUGCCACCUAGUUCAUCCGAGGCGAGCAAUAAGCCCAGCUUCAGAUCACAAGCCUGCAGUCCAACCAUUUCCUGGAUCCCACAAGAGGAAGAGGAGGAAGAGGGUGAAGAACUAAGCGUAAUCACUUUAGCCACAACAGCGCCGGACAUCAGUUUUGCCGAACCACGAACGAUUUCGGUUUCUUCCUCCACCAUAUUUUCUACCCAAAAAUCUUACCUCCCUGAGCCUUUACCAUCAGACAACCACGUUGAGAUUUCGUCCUCACAAACAGCUUCACAAUUGCCACAAAUCCAGCAACCUAGUCAUCAUUCGCCUCUGUCACCUGAUCAGCUGCCACACACCAAAGAAGAAGAUGAAGUUGCCGGAUCUACUGAGGAGGACGAGGGGCAAGAACAAGAUCGUCACUGGAGCCGCUACUUCCUUGUUGAUCUGCUAGCAGUCGUGGUCCCGAUUGCACCAACUUUGGCAUGGCUCUGUCGAGGACGGCAACGAGACACCAUGCCAGCGUACCACAUGGGCUCCCUGCUGCGAGGCUGUUGCGCCGUGGCACUUCAUUCGCUAAGACGUGUCAACAGCAACCGUAGCCGAGGGCCGUCUGGGACAGGGGGUGCAACAGUAAUCUAACUAUCUGCCAUACACUUGAUCUGGUGUGUUUAAUAAUUCUAGUCUAUACAAUAGACAUACUAAUUAUUUAAGCUUAGAGUAACCUGAAGCACAAUAUGUUUGCAACAAGUUUUAUCUGUGGAAGUAGAAAUGCCCCAUUACACUGUAAAUUUCAAGGGAAAGAAUUUUUUUCCAUAGUUUGACCAAUUACCACCGACGAUCCCUCACCCCAUUAAACACAAUCGAUUAACUGGGGAGGGUUUCUGAUGUCAAGUCGGCCAACCACAACUUUUCAAACUACUGCUCAUGCUCUGUCACAUGGCAGCAUAACACACGCCUUUUAGCAUUCUGACAACUACAGGAUCCCAGAUUCCUAGGAUUCAUACCUCCCCAGCAGCCACAAAAUGUCAGGAUUUAACGUUCAAAACACCUAAAAGUGAAAGCAUUGGUUUGAUCACCAUAAUUUCAGCCAGCAGGUGAAAUAAGUAGUUUAUUGAUUUUUAAUUGACAAUUUGAAAAACUACAUUUGAAACGGUUCAUCACCAAAAACCUAUCAAACUUUCCACACUUGAAAUCUAAUUUCAAUCCUUGCACACUUGUGCAAAUUCACAAAAAGUUAAUAGUACACAAUUUCAGUUUUUAUUCAAACUCAACUCCUUUUUUGACUGAACCUUUUAAUACAAAAUUGUAUUUACAAAUUCUAAAUGAAGCCACGUGUAAAUGCUUAAAUUCCGAUGGAAGCAACACAGUUCAUGUUACACAUUUGUGCUCUGAAAUUUACUUUGAAAAGCUCUUGUACUGUUGCUGUUUUCCAGCAAUUGCCAUGUUUCCUUCCCGCUCUGUUUCGCUCCUAUUCUGUUCCAGCCUUCGAGUCCUAGAGGAAAGGGCAGACCCAAAAUGGCAGUUCUUAUCUUUGAUACUGAUAAAUGAAACAAUGCUCCUGAACUGAAUCUUGUAGCAGGUUGCUGGGUUGACGUUUAGAACCACAUUGUAUCUGGCUAUUUCUGCUAAUGUGGGUGUGUUCCUCCGGAGCAUGAAAUGUAAUAUCACUGUUUGUAUCCGAGGGGAAAAAGAAUAAAUAAAAAAAUGUAGGCUUAUGUAAGAAAGUGCUUGCUUGGCUAAAAUCUAAAGAAUGACUUAGGAAUGUAGCAUGCUUAUAUUGUAUGCUAAAGAAAGCUUUACAUUUUUUGUAUAAGAUGCAAUCUCAGGCUGAAUUCUAACUCUAGAAUAGAAAAUACUUUAUUUGAAAGAAGAAGAAAAAAGACCCCCAAGCAAGGGGUCAGCUAGCUUUAAAAGGUUUAUUAAAACAUGGUUUCAUUUUAAGUCCAUCUGUUCCAAGCUCAGCUCAGUACAUACAGCAGAUUUGAGUGUAGUGCCCUCGACUCUUCCUCUUUGCCGUUUCUUCACCAUCUCUCGCAAGAUCUCUGUUUAGCACUUUAUAGCAAAGCGUUCAUUACAAAUUCAGGGUCGUCUUGCAUGUCUUCAGGUAAUUCAAUGUAAUUAAAUUAUAGAAGUAUGCAGUUUAACUGUUUAUAAUUUGUGUUUUAUCAAAGCCAUGCACUCCUGCAGUGAAUAUCAGGGAUGUUGGAGACCAACACAAGAAGCUCUAUGAAGUCUGGAUUAGAGUGCACGCUAGUUUAGAUUUUCCACUAGACGAGACAAAAGAUCCAUAUUCUAUUUUAAUUGUAAUAAACGUCACCGCAUUAGCAAUAGCACUUCCUGUAGCUGCAGUGGAACCUCCUUUAUAACUGUAGACAAAGAUCACGAGUUUUGUUUUUUUCUUUGUGGAAAAGUCUGCAUCCUGUUCUGUAAAUAAUCAUGAUUUGAAAAUAAAACGUGACUCUAAACAACAAA